GAAUAGAGAUAAUCAAAUUGGUGGUUUAAAAACUGCUAGAAAGUUUCAUAGUAUAUGUGCUACAGAAAUUGGCAAAAUUGGGGCAAAAGUUGCUACUAGUGCUAAUAUUAUUCUAAAUAGAAUAUAA